AUGCUGGCCUUUACUUCGGCUACUAAUAAGGGGCCAAAUAAAAUUAAAACAACCCCAAUUAAACCCUUCUCAUUUCUCUCUCUUUCCCUCUCACGUUUUUUAGGUCCCCCUCUCUCUAAACCUAUCCACAAUCUCGAGCACCAGUCUGAGGAGCCAAUUAUUGAGGAUGAUGAUGACGACGAUGAAGAUGAAGAUGAUGAGGAUGACAAAGAUGAAGAUGAUGCUGAAGGAGCUUGGUUAGCCUACAUCCAGAGGCGGAUCCAGGAUUUGAAGUUUCCGGGUGCCAUGCGUCAUUCAAUCAAUUUGGGCUUCGUCUUUUCGGGCUUUGAUUCGGGUUAUUCGUCUUUUCCUAUGAAACAUUUAUUUAUAGCAAUAUACAUAAGAGAAAAGCAUAAAACUUCUAAUAAUAUUACUAAUAUCAUAAAUAUCCAUCAUUCAUUUACAAUUGUCCUCGACGAGGUUUCAUCUUCUGAAAAUGAUCAAUGACGAUAUCAUUACUUACAUUUGUGAAUACAUCACGCUCUAUGUAACAAACUAAACAAUCAUUCAAAUAUUGAUCACCAAUGCUAUUCCGCACUUCA